CAAAGUUUUGUGCCUGAGCACAAACAAACAGAGAGAAGGAAGUUCGCUGUGAGCCUUUGAAUCUGCUGUAAUGAACAAGCUGUUCCGCACGAUUUGAAAAUAAUCCGCGUGUCAGUGUCAUCUUUCUUAUGCAAAGUAGCUGUCUUUGAAGGCGGAUCUUUUGGCAGGUUAGACCGGGACGGAGGCUCCGACCAGCUCAGACGAGCACUGCCACCAAACGCAUCAACUGGCUGCUCGCAGGAGGAGCGUAAUCCUGCGUUUUUGGGACACAUUUAUUAGAAUCAACGAGGAUGUUUAUUGCACUUAUUUUGCUGACUGACUGAUUGUUUCGGUGCCUUGUUGAGCAGCCAUCCCCGCCGCACAAAUAAGGACUGGAGGAGAAAUAUUUUUGUUGUUUUUUUCCAAGUUGUUGCAGAAGGAGUGAUAGCACACCGAUACGGAGACAGAGACUCCGGAAAAGUGAUAUGAAACGUGAGGACUGGGAAAGUGAGUCUUGUGGGAACGAGCAGGGAACAAAUCGGAGCACAUAGCCACUCUGUUGUACUCUCUGCUGACUGAGACAACGGCGCAAGAGGCUGAACAAGUAGAUCCAACACUUGGGAGAGCGCAUGAAAGCAUGGACCUGAACGCGCGCUACUUCCAGCCAGAAAACAUGCUCGGACUGUUGCUGGAUUUCUGUUUCAAUUAAACCCUCCAAACCUAAAAUGAGGACUUGGUCGUGCAACAGAUAGUUGUAGGAGAGAAUGCCUUCAACUGUUCAACUGAGCCUCAUCUAUGUGCUGCUGGUGCUGUGGAGCAGUGGGGGGUCAGCCAUUAGCUCUAUAGACCCAGACUGGUCAGGAGAGGGGAGAUGUCAACAGAUCAACAUCCCCCAGUGUAAAGACAUUGGCUACAACAUGACUCGCAUGCCAAAUCUCAUGGGCCAUGAUGACCAAAAAGAAGCAGCGAUAAAGCUGCAGGAGUUUGCCACGCUGAUACAGUUUGGAUGCCACAGCCAUCUCAAAUUUUUCCUGUGUUCCCUGUAUGCCCCCAUGUGUACAGAGCAGGUGUCCAACCCCAUCCCAGCAUGCAGAGUGAUGUGUGAGCAGGUCAAGCUGAAAUGCUCACCUAUCUUGGAGCAGUUUAACUUCCCCUGGCCUGACUCUCUGGACUGCUCCCGGCUGCCGACCAAAAACGACCCAAACAACCUCUGCAUGGAGGCGCCCAACAACGCCUCAGAUGAGCCUCCCAAAGUCUUCCACACCCAGCCUCCAGAUUUCAGGCCACAGCGGCCUCUGAGCGGCCAGGACCUGCACCUUAAGGACAGCAUCAGCAAGCAGACCUGCAGCAAUCCUGGCAAGUUCCACUUUGUGGAGAAAAGUGAGUCAUGUGCCCCUAAAUGCUACCCUAAAGUGGAUGUAUACUGGAGCCAGGGAGACAAGCAGUUCUCUCUGGUGUGGAUGGCUAUCUGGUCCAUCCUCUGCUUUGUCUCCAGCGCCUUCACCGUGCUCACUUUCCUCAUAGACCCGCAGAGAUUCAAAUACCCGGAGAGGCCGAUCAUCUUCCUCUCUAUGUCCUACUGUGUUUACUCUGUGGGCUACCUUAUCCGACUCUUUGUGGGAGCUGACAGAAUAGCCUGUGACAAAGACAAUGGGGUCCAGUAUAUUAUCCAGGAGGGUCUGGAGAGCACCGGCUGCACUAUUGUGUUCCUCAUCCUGUAUUAUUUUGGCAUGGCCAGCUCCCUCUGGUGGGUUAUCCUGACCCUCACAUGGUUCCUUGCAGCGGGGAAGAAGUGGGGUCACGAGGCCAUCGAGGCCAACAGCAGCUACUUCCACCUGGCAGCUUGGGCCAUCCCGGCCGUAAAGACCAUCAUGAUCCUGGUGAUGAGGAAGGUGGCGGGGGACGAGCUGACGGGCGUCUGCUACGUGGGCAGCAUGGACGUCAAAGCUCUCACGGGCUUUGUGCUCAUUCCCCUCUCCUGCUACCUUAUUAUUGGCACUUCAUUCCUGCUGUCGGGCUUUGUGGCCCUCUUCCACAUCCGUAAGAUAAUGAAAACAGAGGGAGAGAACACAGACAAGCUCGAGAAGCUGAUGGUUCGCAUCGGGGUCUUCUCUGUGCUCUACACUGUCCCUGCCACCUGCGUCAUCGCCUGCUACUUCUACGAGAGGCUCAACAUGGACUACUGGCGGAUCCUGGCAGCGGAGCAGAAGUGCGUGGACAACAACGGGCCGGAGUCAGACGAGUGUGCCAUGAAGAAUUCCAUUCCCGCUGUUGAGAUCUUCAUGGUGAAGAUCUUCAUGCUGUUGGUGGUGGGCAUCACCAGCGGCAUGUGGAUCUGGACCUCAAAGACACUGCAGUCCUGGCAGAAUGUGUUCAGCAGGAAGCUAAAGAAGAGGACGAGGAGGAAGGCUGCCAGUGUGUUCACCAGCAGCAGGCCUUACAUCAAACCUCACCCAUCUCUCAAAGGGCACAGUACUAAGUAUGAGCCUACACGGCCCCCUCCAACAUGUGUAUGAGCUGGAUAUCUUUGUACAAACCUCUAUGUGUAAAGCCCUUACCUAAACGAGACUUUGUAAUCAGAGUGCCAUCAAAAGCAUCAAGGUUUCUGUUUUAUUUAUGCAAACUCCAUUGAAGAUCAUGGGGUUUUUUUGUAUCUUGAGCCAUCUCAUGCAACAAGAGCUGCCUUUGUUUGAGAAAAAAUCUGCUACUCCUGGAUUCACUUAUCCUAUUGAGGAACUUGGUAGAGAAAAAAAAAAUCUUAUUGUUCCCAAGACAAAAAGAGUGGAAUAAACCAUUUGGAUGUGCUAUGGGGUUACUUGAAUAAUGUGCAAUAGAUGUUUUCCUUACAGGCAAAAAAAAGACACUUGUACUGUUAGUGACAGAUUACAGACAAUGAAAGGACCCCGCAGACAAAGCAGGCAAAUGGUCAGAGAGAUGAGUGUUCUGUUUGGAGGCUUUUUAAUGGAAAUCGAGGCAGUGUCAUAUAUGUUUGAACUGGAGUGAGAGCAGCUGUUGAAAAGCGCUCAAGACCUUACGAACUGCCCAUUGUGAGGCAAAUCCAUGCCAUAAAUUAAUCAAGCACUCGUUAUUGAAAAGUUAUUUGUACAUGCAGUUGAGUUUUCCUUUUUUUUCUGUCUUUGCUGUUUUAUAGCACAAGGGAACGUUUGUAUAUAUUUCUAAAAACUUCAGAUUUUAUAGAAAAAUUAAUAAAACGUUCUAGUUUUAAAUGUU